AACGUGUAGGACAUGAAUCGUUUUCUGUGAUUGGAUCUUAUUACAUAAAUUACUUGCUUAUGAUACAAAACUCAACACACUAUCCAGUAUUUUCAGGAUCUUUGUAACAGCAAGGAAAAAGACAAACAUUUGUUGAACAGCAGGGAUGCUAGCUUUUGCGUGCAUUUUGCAUAUAUAACUUAUGAACGUUUUUCAGAGGUCCUGGGUACCCAUACGUCUAUUGACUACUGAUGGAGCUGUGAGGUUUAGCACAUGUGAAAAUCAAGCCCUAUGAUAACGCUGGGUGGUAAGGGCCGGUGGCAGAAAGAAAUCCAUGAUAAGAAUGUUAAGGUUGUCUUUGAUAAAAUAGGUAUUGGAAGUACAUAAUAGAAAACUGCUUGUCCUGGGAGGUUUAAUACAUCAUAGUCCACUGUCUACUUUACCGUCCUUUUCAGUCAUGUCUUCAACCUGCAAGGCAAUACAUUCCUGAUACACUUAUCAUACAUAUAUACUUAUCUUGUGUUAUAUUGUCUACAGAAUUAAUGCCCAAUCUGUGAGGAAAGGGAAGCAAAGUUGGACCAUGUUCCUUCUUGUUGGUAUCACUUAUAAUUGUCAUAAGAGGCAAUUCAAAUCCUUCCUAUUUAGAGAGAAACUCAGCACAUGAAUAGAAAUGAUUGACUCGGUCAAAAUAAGGAGACAGAGCACCUUGGAUUUUUACUCUCACUAUGAAUUUCUCUGUGCUGUUCAAGGUUCUGUCCCACUUAAAACUGUGAAAGCUAAUGUGAAUCAGGGCAUUCUUGAGCUAAAUGCAGAUCGCCUCAAGGCUCCUGACUGGGCACCACUUCUGAAUGCUAUCAGGCAUAAUAAGACUUUGACUUCUGUUGUAAUAAGAAGCUUUCAUCAACAGGGUCUUGGAGAAUCAGGGGCUGAAAGAUAUAAAACCUACUUUAGAAGACGAAUUCCAGCAAUUAGAUCAAAAGACAUGACUACUCAAUUAUGUAAAGCCAUCAGAGGUUGUCUGAAUGUGUCAAGCUCUCUAAAAAAUUUGGAACUUGAGGGAUUGCUUCUAAGAGAGCGAGAUCUAAUAUUUUUAACAAAGGGGUUGGCCAAGACGUCAUCUUUGGAGAGCUUGUCAUUAGCGCAUUGUCCAAUUGGAGAUGGAGGAUUGGAAACAAUCUGUCAAAGUGUGAGGAACUCAGCCAACAUCAAAUCUAUAAAUUUUACAGGAUGUAGUUUGACCUGGCGGGGAGCAGAACACUUGGCCAAUGUCUUAAAGCAUCAGGCAAUGAAAAGACACGGUGAAGCUUGGGCUGAAAGCCUACGCUACAGGAGACCUGAUUUUGACUGCAUGACAGGUUUGAGGCGUAUCACUCUCAACUGCAAUACACUUGUUGGUGAUCGAGGUGCUAGAGCUUUUGCAGAAUGUCUUGGAGAGGACCUGUGGCUGAAAGCACUGGACAUGCAGCAGUGUGGAAUUUCUAAUGAUGGGGCAAAAUCAUUGUUAGAUGCUUUUCAAACUAAUACAACUCUAGUGAUAUUGGAUGUAAGAAAAAAUCCAUUAAUUGAUCACACUUUGAUGAAAAAACUUAUUGAAAGAGUUCUCAUGAAUGGAAACAGUGCCAGUUCAGAGUACAAGUGGCUGACAUCUCCUUCAAAGGAUAUUCUCAAACCUAAAUCAAAAAAAAGAACUAUUGUCCUAGGAAGUGGUCGGAAAGGAAAAGCUACUAUUCGUAUUGUGAUUUGGAGACACAGAGGAUUAGCAUCUAAAAAGUCCACACACCCUGGAAAGAGUCCAUCUGAUAAAGAUAGCUAUUCACCAAAACCAUUACCACCAGGUGCAUAUGGUUUCCUACCUUGGCGUACUGCAGCGCGUGCAAAGAGGUGCAGGGGAUUCCCAGUGGAUGGUACCCAGGAGUUACCACUGAAGUUUCAGCAGACAGGCAUUCCUGUGAAAGUGACGGUGGAAAGUGCUUCUACAUCUGAAACUGAAGAAACAGAAGGGGCUUUAGAGGACAUUAUGCAUGAUUCUGAUUUGACAAAAUCCCCAGUUAAAACUAAUGUAAGACGAUAUCAACAAUUAAGGACAGAGCUGGAAGAAUGUCUUUUAAAAUUAAAGGAAGAAAGAAGGGCAAGAGUAAAGGCCGAUGAACGGAUAAUGGAGCUGGAAGUUGAAAAUGCCCGGUUAAGGAAUCUAAACUUCUCUCUGUCUGAGGUUCUUCAUGCACAGUCAGUAACCAACAUGAUUCUGGAAGAUGAAGGUGUUCUGGGCAGCAUUGAGACCUCUUUCCAAAAGUUUCAUGCUUUUUUAGACCUUCUUAAAGAUGCUGGACUUGGGCAACUUGCUACAAUAGCUGGGAUAGACCAAUCUGAUUUUGGUUUGUUGGGCCAUCCCCAAAUGAAUUCUACUGUCAGCAAACCUGCUAUUAUACAAAAGGAGAAAUCCUAUGAGGAAGAAAGACAGGAACAAACACAGAAUAGCAAAAAUGUUUGUGGAGACAUCAAACUUUCUCUUCCUGGCCUCAUCCAUUCUCAGGUUCUUGUGAAUAAUACCUGUGCCAUUCCCAGAGAAAUACAAGAAUUUCAGGUCACUGUUCAACAGCAGCAAGACUUAUGGGGAGAAACUGAAGCUCAAAUGGAUAAUCAAAGAAAGGAAGAGGAAACAUCCAAAAACAGCAGGCCAUCAUCCUCUGAGAAGAGCGUCAAAUUAAGUGAACAGACAAAAGGACAUUCUUCGAAGCAAUCAGCUAUUAGUCAGUGUUCAUUCUCUGAUUCCAAUGUAAAUCUGAAAAGUAAGGGUAGCAAAAAAUUCAGUGCCACUUCUAGUGAAGACAGCCAAAACCUUUCCUCACAAAAACACAUCUACAGAACAAAUGAAACUGGAAUGGCAAAUGUUGCAGCCCAAGGAGAUCAAAGUAAACUCCAAACAGCAGAUCGUUCUAGAAAUGACACAGAAGGAUUUGAUUCUGAAAUACAGGAGAGUAUCCAUUCCAUGAAAAGCAUGUGAAAUAAGUCAAAAAAAAGUUUUCCACAUGUGUAGAAUAAAAAAUGUCCAUAGGUUUUUUUUUUGAGAGAGAAAUGUAUGUUUUGAAAACUUUCCACGCUCUUUACUGUUUCUGUUUCAUAUAACCGUAAUCUUUUCUCAUUACACAGUUUUUAGCAAAACCAAAUGAUACAUCCUCAGAAUGGUACCCUUCAAUGUUGUCUGAGUUUAGAAAGGCUCUGAUGUGAUGCAGAAGGGGGUUUGAUUUUCUGUGCAGUACAAAUGAAUAUAGAUUUAUUAAAUAAUAAAGUUUUAAACAAAUAAAAUGAGACAGUACUAAUUAUGAUUUGCAUUUUCAGUUGAUCAUAUUUAAAACCAUUGUUUAGUUGUAAUUACAUAUCCAUUGGUGCCGAAGACAGUAGGGUAUAUGCUCCCUUCAUUGUUUAUGCAUAGUUCCCAUUAUUAUUGGGAAAAUCAAGGGUGAGUCUAAAUCCCUUGCUAGUCAACAUUGUUUAUUAAAGUAUGUUCUUGUUUCAUAGUUAUAGACGAUAGUGGUUUUGUAUAUCUUUGACAGUAACACGUGAAUUGAAAUUACAGUAAUUUUAUUUAAGUGAUUUUGUUUUCAUCUUUUUUUAUUAUAGAAUGUAAGCCAUAACUCUUACUGGCUCAAUUGAAAAUUUCAAGCAUUUUUGUUGUUUUCAGACAGUGGAGUGUAUCUCUAUUUAAUCAGCCUAUAUUAGGUAUGGAGAUUCUGUUUUUUUGUAUUGAGACAGUUAUUGAUUGCAUUCAAUCACUAGCAUGUCCCAUUUGAAAUUUAGUUUGAGAUGAUGGUGAUUCUGAAAUAGUGAAACCAAUUUGAUUUGGCUUCAUAGAAAUGGCUAAGAGGUUUAGUAUUGGGAUCAUUUCCUGCUUGCUGGUUCAAGACUAGCUAGUGAAGUCAUUACUAUCAAAUGGCUGUUAAAUGGUCUUUUUAAAUGAAUUAAUUGUGUUGGUCCAGUUCUUAGUGGACAAGUGCCCUUAUCACAAAAAUUCAUAUUGUAUCUAAUAUGUCCUCUUAUUGGUAAUCUUAGCAGUGAUGCCAAUGACAGAACGAACAUAGAGCCUGAAAAAUCAGAUUUUGGUGCUGCUGAGAGUAACAAAAAUACCUAGGAACAUAGAACUACCUCCUUUCCCUAGCGGACCUUCCAGAACAGCAUUGAGGCACUCUGGUUCGGGCAGUCCAUUUAAUGAAGAAAUAUGAAAUGUCAGUGAUUAUGAAAGAUUGGCAUCCCUAGAGACUGAAGUUCCUUGAAUUUAAAAGAACAACAAAAUUGAACCUGUUUUCCAGCAAAAUUGUUCAACCGUAUCAUAUGGGGAACUGCUUCGAGUGGAAAAUGUUUUAUCCCACACAAAUGGAAAAAUAUUGAAUGAAUAUGGAAGUCUGGAUGAAACUUUUUCCUUUCACAGCAGAAAUCAUGAGCUUGUUCUCCUAAUGGUGAGAAAUAAGAUACUGCUCUGUAAGCCAGGAAAAUUCCUUAUUUUUCAAUGAAAAACCCAUUAUGUAUCUUGUGGAUGAUAUCUAGCUUUCUAGUUAAUGAAAAAUAUGUAGCAUGUUGUUGAAGCAAUGGUUUCCUUAACAUUUUUUAGUUUUAAACUAUCUGUAGCAAUUAACCUUAUACUUCUAAUUUCUCUGUACCUUCUCUGAGUAUGAAACAUAUAAAACAAAAUUACUAAUUCAUGAUUUUGUUCUAGGCUUAGAUCAACUGCAUAAUAUUGAAAUGAACACUUUUUUUAUUUUAUUUAUUUAAAUUUUAAAUAAACUUCUGCAGAUACUGAAUGGACUGAAAAAAGUCUACUUGAUCUCUCUCUCCCUCUCUCUCUGGACUUUCCUCUUGAAUUAUUUCUGCCUAAUAUUCUUGAUCGAUUUGUGGGAGAUGAAUCCAGAAAAAUACUUUAAAUAGAAACAUAAAUGUAAAUAUUUUUAAAAUAAAGUUUGUAAA